AUGGAGGUGGCUUUCGUCGCUCCGAUUUCUGGGGCAGCAGCCCCGACGCUGGCACGGAACCAUGCUUCCACAUCAGGACCUCAGGCUUCAAGUUGGCCUCUUGCGCCUACAGCCCUCUGUGCCGCUGCUUUCGCUGGUCUAGCAGCAGGGAGGAAGCGCACCGCACGACGGGCAGAGCAGGAAUUGGCCACAUUGCCGAAGCACAUGCAGCCAGUGGACAUGAACAAGGAGUACCCAGCUUAUGUGAAGGGCAAGAACGAGAGCCACCUUAUGCCUCAGCUCGUGGGUGAUUGGGGCACGCCACUCCCAGGUAGCUACAAGGAGUGCAUGACCAUGAUCGGGCCAGAUGUGGAGGUCGGUUUGUCCAAGGGCACACCUUGGGAUCCGAUGGGCUGGAGCAAGCUCUACGAUCGUAACUUCGAGUUCAACGGCAACAUGGUCUUCCCGCACGUGCAAUGGCUCCGGGAGUCCGAGCUGAAGCACGGGAGAUGUGCGAUGCUAGCAGUUGUUGGGAUCUUUGCACAGGGCGCCACGCACAUCCCUGGCUACCCAGAGGCUCCUUGGUAUGAGGCCCUGAAGCAGUGCUACGACCACCCCCAGGGUAUCGUAGGCCUGGGCAUUGCUCAGAUUUCUGCUUUCGCCAUGAUCAUCGAGGGCAAGUUCUUCCCGAAGGACUCCUGGAUUGGCCAGAUGGACCGGGAGCCUGGUGAUCUGGGCUUCGACCCUCUGAAGCUGGCCAAGGAUGCCGAGAGCAUGCAAGCCAUGCAGAUGAAGGAACUGAAGAACGGUAGGCUUGCCAUGAUGGCCUUCCUCUCUUGUGUGGUUGGCCACUACAUGCCGGGAAGCGUGCCAGGCGUUUCCGCACUACCCCGCGAGACUGUUGCGGAGUCGUCCCCUGCUUUCUGCGGCACCACAGCCAGCAAGUCAGAGUCGACUUCCAAGACCGCCGCGCG